UCAUAGAUAGAUAAAUUCAACUUUUAGUAAUUAAUAGCUUAAACUUUCAAGAUUGACCAUAAAUUAACCUCAGCUCCUAUAUACAAGCUGGUAAUAAGGUCUUAACAUAACAAACAAUUCAACAAAGAAUUAUUAUUACUCCCUUCUACGCCCGAGUCAUAUUCUCGUCCAUGUGGUACGUACUUGCAUGGUCUUCCCUUCUCUCAUCUCCUAGACUUACUCAACAUACGACCCCAUAUUUCUUGCCUACUCCUUUGCUUUAGAUCUCUUUGUACGUACGUACUUUCUUCUAGCUUCUUCUUCAAACCCACCCUUUUUCCUUUCUUCUCAAUUCUUCAUCUAAUCUCAUCACUCAUCACUAAUUUCUUUGAUUUCUUUCCUUUUUUUAUUGUGUGCUUACUAUAGAUUAAAUAUAACUAUAUAUAUGGACGAAAGGCGAGGUGAUGAACUCUCCUCUUAUCAUUCAGAUGCGCCUCUAAGAACACCCCUUUCCUGCUAUCUUCUCCCGUCUUCGACCUCCUCCUCAUCUUCUGUACUAUCAAUGGAAUCUUUGGUCAACGAAAAGUCUCCGCCACCCACUAUCCAAUUCCCGGUGAGCCACCUCAUAAGCUCCGUGGAGCGCCGCCAAGAUGAAGAACGGAAGGGUUUAGAUGAAAUGGACUUCUUUGCUGACCAUAACAAGGAUAAUAAUGUCGUUAUCUCCGAUAGCAAGGAAGGUCUACACCGACAGGAACCCGACUUGGAUUUCAGCAUAAAUGUAGGUACUCCGUGCAUUUACAAAUAUGUAUACUUCCACCACUUCUAGAUGAAAUUCUCACUUUCAAUUCGAUCAGUUAUUGUGUCAUAUUCACUAUUGCAUGAGAGAUAAGGUGUGAACAAGUACUAUAUAUCAAGAUCACUGGGAAUGUAUGUUAAAAUAAAACCAAUUCCAAAACAAGUAAACAUGAAUUAUCUAUGUUUCGAGUAAGAGGCUACAAAUAUGAUGGGUCGU